UCAAUCGAGACGUCCAGGUGUUUCGCCGGCUACGAUGGCGGUGCCAGAGUCCGAGCCACCGAAGAAACUAUUCCCCAUCUUCGAGAAACGGAAGACACGGAGCUCUACCCAACAAAAAGAGCAAGACGAUGUUGUUGUCUCUGUGGCUGGUCUGCGGCUUGCGAAAGAGACAGCUUCUGAAGUUUCUUCUCCUGAAGUGGACGCUGACCUUGCACGAUCCCGCUCGUCAAGUGUCCAAAUACAAGAAGUGCAAUCGGGACCGCUUGCUACUGGGAGUCGCCGAGAUGCACCCAUUGUCAUCGAAUCAUCUCCAGAGAUCAAAAUAGUCAAGCUUGCACCGCGGCCUGCGAAGCCUGUCUAUUCGAUCUUCAACCACCCUGCUCGUACUGUGACCAUCGCUUCUAGAACUGUAGCACCCCUUCCUAUCCCUACACCGAACAAGGAGAACCAGCCUGACAGCGUACUCAUGCCUCUUCCGACAGCACGGGCGCGGUUUCCCUUGCGAGACAAGGGUAAAUCGAGAGAGGUGGAGAUGUCUCGCCGGCAAGAGCCAUUGCCUGGCCUACCUCCGAUAUCAAAAUACAUCUGUAGCCCGCAGCCUACCGACAUCAUGCGUUCACGCCAAAAUAUCGACAUUCAUGACCACAUCAAUAUGAUACCCCUAGCACAUCAGUGUAUACCCUCUGUAUCUCGAUUGCUGCAAGUAGCUAGAGACGACAUACGGCCGGACACUUUCCCUUCGAAUGAACAAUGGGCAGAAUGCUGGAGACCAAGACAAGCGGACCAGGUCAUUGGGAACGAACAGCAUGCACUGUACCUUCGUGACUGGCUCCAGGCUCUCCGACUGCAGGGCGAGUCGCUUCGACCCGCCAACGCCGCUCCUCUGAGGAAAAAUCAGAACAAACAUAAGCGCAAAAACAAGAACAAGAAACCGGACGUCGUGCGGCACGUGAAGAGACGUCGGCGGGACGGACGCGAGGAUGACUUCUUCGCUCCCGAUGAUUUCACGGAUUCGGAAGACGAGCUAGGCGGACUCGAUGACCGCUUCUCGGAUUGGGACGAUAUUGGCUUCUGUGUCGAGAUGGACGCGAGGCUCAACGGUAGCGCAUGCUCGGCCGGCACAUCGCGAGGGUCUUCGGCUGGCGCAGCCACUCCCGACGAUGAGCCCGCAGCGCAAUCGUACAAACCAACGCGUUUCGGACGACAGAUCAGCAAUACGAUCCUCCUCGCGGGACCGUCGGGCUCGGGGAAGACCGCAGCAGUGUAUGCUUGCGCGGAGGAGCUCGGCUGGGAAGUCUUCGAGGUCUAUCCCGGGAUUGGCGAGCGCAGCGGUGCAGAGUUGAACAAGCUCAUUGGUGACGUUGGCAAGAACCACACCGUCAAGGUGCAUCAAUCCCCGAAGAAGACGAAUACGAAGGCGGCGUUCUUUCAGAAGCAAGCCGUACAGACGAAGCGCAAGAGCAAUCCACGGAGGGUGUGCGACUCGGAAGACGAGCUUGAUCUUCUUCGAGACUCGCAAGACUCGCAAGAAGUCGAGAACGAGACGGUCGACGUCAUCGAGAGCAGUAGUCCGCAGCCAGCACUCGAACCCACAGAGCCGACGGUGAACCAGUCAGUCAUCUUGAUCGAGGAAGCGGAUAUUCUCUAUCACACGGACACGAACUUUUGGCCCGCACUCGUCAAUAUCAUCAGACAUUGUCGACGGCCCGUGGUUCUGACGUGUAACGGUCAGUGUCUUUUCGAUGUACCAAGCCUGUCACUCAGAACCUCAGUUCCGCAGAUGUGUCACUGAUCCCACGAGACGAUCUCCCUCUGCAGGCUACACUUGAGUUUCAUGCGUGUCCAACGCAACUAGCAACAUCGUACCUUCAAAUCGUUUGCUUAGCAGAGAGAAAACCAGUGAUCAGGAAGGAUGUCUCGCGCGCGUUCGAGGAAUCCUCGGGCGAUUUGCGCCACACCCUGCAGCAUCUGCAGGUAUGGGAAGAUACCAGCGUUCGACCGGCGGGAGGAGCGGAAGCUUUCAAGGAAAUCAAUAUCCCACAGUCGUCUCCCGAGUCGAGUCCGCUUACGUGGACCGAGAAGUCGAGGUCGGCCAGCCCUCCACCUGCCUCGUCCGGUGGAGCGGGCGUGGCAGGAGAAGCACGCGUACUCUGGCAGAUCGAAAGGCAGCACGAGCUACACUCGUUCGUCGACGCGUGGCUCGCUCGUGGAUCAUCUACGGUCCCCCAUGUAUGUCUCUUCGCG